AUGACCGACAAACGCAUCGCAUUGAAGCUGGGCUGGCGACUGCGGACAUCCGUGAAAAUGGGAAAGCGAGUCGGCGAUGCCGCUCGGUCGGUAUACCGUCUGUCACGCCAGUGGCCAUGGGACUUGGUCGCAGGCUUUGCUCCUCAGAAAUGGGGCAUCGAGAUCCUGGAGAGUAUGAGGGUGCUCUUUUACAUUAUCCAUCGAGUCUUUCCGGCGCAUGAGCAUCAGAACGACUUUCACACGGACGUGCAAGAAGACGAGGAUGGAUGGCUAGACUAUAUAGGCUAUGACAAUUUUGACGACGAGGAUGAGGAUGAUGGAUAUGCCGACAUUGCGACUCCUGCAAAGCGAUCGAGAACACCCUCGUCACCUUCGCUGAGCCCGAAGCGAGCACGAACGGCGGAGCCUCCCGAGCCUCGCCCACAAACCAUCGCGGGCAUCACCAAUUCAUUGCAAUCAUUGCACGCCCAAAAGCAAAAGGAGCUCGAAGAGGUAACCAAUUCACUGGACGAGAUCGCAGUUUCAAUCCAAGCAAGUGAAGCAGCACAAAUAAAACACAUAAACGAAAAAGUUGACAAAUUGACCUCCGACGUGAAGGCCUACGAAACAGAACGGGAGAAGAUCCUCAAAGCUCGAAACUUUAUGGAACACCACCACGAAGUCAUGAGGAUGGAAGAAGACGAGCUCGCAAAGAGACUGCAGAGGUACACGUCAGACCUCGAAGAAUGCGAUAAAUUAAUUGCGCAGGCAGAGGCCGAUGUUUACAAAGAGCUAGAUCAGAUUAAACAGAUGGACGUUAACCUGGCAGAUGAGGAGAAGAGGCUGGAAGGACGUGUGAAGGAGGUUCUGGAGGAGGUUAGACAUUGCAGUGUUGUCGAGACGCUGAUGAGGUUGGGGCCUGGCGGGAUGGCCAAGUUAUUGGGGAGACUGGAGGGGAAUGGUGUUGAGUUGGUUGAGAUGGCGGAGAGUAUCCGUAUCAUGAAUGAGGCUGAGGAAUAG